UAAAAAGUAAUAUGUUUUCAGCAGUUUUCAAAAAAAUGAUGGAAAAAUGGGAAAUUUUUACGCAAAACCAGUGAUAUAAUAUAUUAAGCGAUAAGCGUUCAAUGAUAAUUGAUAAGUAUUUAGUGAUAAGAUAAAGGUUACCGUCUCGAAUUGUUAUUAUUUUAGUCGUGUAACUCGUUUUGAAUAUUUUGAUGUUUUAACUUUUUCAGUGUCCACAGUCUACCAGCUAUUUAUACUCUAUAAUCCAUUUUAUCUUGGUCCGCGGUUGCCGGUCGGAAUGAAUAUAUAAACUAUACUAAUAUACUAUAUCAUUGCUAUAACCAUACGUAAAACAAGCUAUAGAUGUAUUCAAUAUCGGUCUUUUAAUAAAUUAUUUUUACUUACUCCGAUGACCCCGAAUUGCUCUUUUGUUCAGAGGUAGCUUAAUGUUCUCAACUGCUUAACGAUCAAAGACCGUGUAUCGGAUCAUGGCCAAACAUCCAUGUCCAUAUGAAAAUUGCACUUCUACAUUCAGUCGCCCAUACCGUUUACGAAUUCAUAUUCAACGACAUCAAGGCAUUAAAGAAUUCCAAUGCACUCAAUGUGAUCGCGGCUACCAUAGACGACAACACUUGCAGAGACACGUAGACGAGGCACAUCAAAAUCGUCCAAGAUUAGAACAACCUCUGUUUUGUGAUCAUUGUGACCGACAAUUCAAUACAGCAUGGGGCCUCCGCCGACAUCAGGUCAAAAUAAAACAACCGAAAUUAUUCGACAGGCAGCAUCGCUGUGAGACUUGUGGUCGACGGUUUUUCAACACUGAUGAUCUCAAACUCCAUUCUCUCAAACAUCAACGUUUUAAAUGUGACAUCCCGUCAUGUGUACUGUCUGAACAUAAAUUUAGUUGGUCGUUUUACCAACAGCACAUGGCCACUUACCACUCUGAACCUUAUGUAUGUGAUCAUUGUAAUGAGCAUUUUUUACUCAAGUCUCAAAUAAAGCAACAUGUUAAAAUACACAUGCCAAGCUUUACUUGUACACAGCCGGGAUGUGAUAAAACAUUUGCCGAAUUUAGGUAUAUGCAAAAUCACAUUCGAUUGUCUCACAGAGAAACAACGUACAAAUGCAAUGUAGUUGGAUGUGAUUGGGAAUUUAAGUACAAAAAUUGUUUUAAAAAACAUGUUAUUAAAGUCCAUCAACAAAAUGGAAGGAUUGUUUCAAUGGCUAAUAGACAUAGAAAAAAAGAACCAACAUAUUUAAUGGCAAAUAAGUUGGCUGGGUUAGCUUUAAAAAUAAAUUAAAAUGUUAAAUUAGAUUUAUUUACAUGUAUUAAUGAUGAAUUGAAAAUUAAAAAAGCUUUGAUAAAAA